UAUAUAUAGUUGUAUAGAUCAUAUUUACAUAUAGAACUAUGGAGGAAGUUGAAGUGCCUCAGUAUUUCGUCUGUCCCAUCUCACUGCAAAUCAUGAAAGACCCAGUUACGGCCAUAACUGGAAUGACAUAUGAUCGAGAAAGCAUAGAGAAAUGGCUGAAGACCACGACGAAGACCGACCCUAGCUGCCCAAUAACGAAGCAGCCGCUGCCUAGAGACUCCUAUUUGACGCCAAACCACACACUGCUUCGCCUAAUCCAGGCCUGGUGUACCUCGGGGGGUUUUGAUCGGAUUCCGACACCAAAACCUCUGCUUGAUAAAACCCAUGUCCUUAAACUUGUUAAGGAUCUUGAUUCUGCUUGCUUUUAUAUGGAUAGGUUGAUGGAAAUUGAGUUGUUGGUGAAGGAAAAUGAGAGGAAUAGAAAGUGUAUGGAGGAUGCAGGAGUUUGUAGGGUUAUGAUCUUGUUGCUUAUAAGAUUUUUCAAGCAAAAAACAAGUCGUGGAGUCGAAGAAGCUCUGAGAAUUUUUCAUCUUACUUGGUCUCCAUCGGAUGAAACCAAGGCUCUUCUCAGUCAUGAGGUUGAUUUCAUAAGUGCUUUGACCUGGGUUUUACAUUGUGAUGAAGUUGAGAAUCAUGUCAAGACGCAAGCUUUACUAGCCAUGAAAAUGGUGACGGAGAUUUCAAGUGGUUGGAUUUCAGAGAAUCUAAACUUAGAAUUCUUCAAACAAAUCAUCUCGGUAUUGAGAAAAGAAAUCUCCCAACAAGCCACCAAAUCUGCCUUGCAUAUUUUGACCGAGGCCUACCCUUGGGGGAGAAACAGAAAGAAGAUCAUCGAAGCCAAUGGCAUCUUCGAGCUCAUCGAAUUAGAGCUAUCGAAGCCCGAAAAGAAGAUAACAGAACAGGUUUUUAAUCUGUUAGCCAACUUGUGCUCUUGCGCGGAUGGGAGAGCAAAGUUUUUGAGCCAUGCAGGAGCAUUAGCCAUGGUGUCUAAAAGGAUUCUCAGGGUUUCUCCGGCCACGGACGAUCGAGGAAUUCAUAUUCUAUCAUUGAUAUCGAAAUUCUCAGCAACCAAACAAGUUCUUUUAGAGAUGUUGAGAGUCGGAGGGGUGACAAAGCUAUGUAUGGUGAUUCAAGCAGACUGUGAUGCUUACUUGAAAAAGAAAGCAAGAGAAGUGCUUAGGUUGCAUUCUAAAGUGUGGAGCAAUUCUCCAUGUAUUGCUGUGUAUCUAUUAACAAGAUACCAGAGGUAGCAUGGAUGUUAACUAUUAGCUACCAUUAGAUAUAUAUAUAUAUGUAUAUAUAUAUGUAUGUAUAUCUUUGUGUAACAUAGUAUUUAGAAACAAUAUAGUACGUGAA